AUUUAUCAAUCAACAAUGCCCCUACGACUUUCCUCACCACAACACAACACAACACAACACACCACACCACACCACACCACUGUGAUGCAAAAUGGCAUCCACCACAGCCUUCAUCGCUCUCCUCGUUCUGCUCUCACUCUCCUUCGCCGGAACCGCUAGAUCCGGCUCCGACGACGCCGAUUGCGUCUACACCGUCUACGUCCGCACCGGCUCAGUCCUCAAGGGCGGAACCGACUCCAAGAUCGGAAUCAAGCUAUACGACAAGUACGGCUACUACAUCUACAUCAAGAAUCUUGAAUCCUGGGGUGGUUUGAUGGGUUCCGGCUACAACUACUUCGAGCGCGGCAACCUUGACAUCUUCAGCGGAAGGGGGCCAUGUCUCGAAGCACCUGUCUGCGCCGUCAAUGUCACCUCCGACGGCUACGGUGACCACCACGGCUGGUAUGCCAACUACGUCGAGGUUACUUCCACUGGGGCCCACAUCUCAUGUUCUCAGGAGCAGUUUGAGAUUGAGCAGUGGCUCGCUACUGAUACAAGCCCGUAUCAGCUCUGGGCUGUCAGGAACUAUUGUCGUAAUAGCUUGGAUCAGGCCCGGCUUAAAACCGGUCACGAGGUUCGGACCCGAUCUGAAUCCGGAUCCGGACAUGCACAAGCGUGAGUGAGUGAGUGGGAGAAGAAUGUGUGUUUGUUAUGUUGUGAGUGAGUGAGUCUGUAAUUUUGUUAGCAUUGUUGUUGGAUGUUCCAGAUCAUCAUUGCCCAACUUGAAUUGGGCACCGGGUAGCUGACAACCCGUUUUGUCUUUGUAUUCUUCAAUAAUUAUGGUACUAUCUAUAUCAAUGCCAUAUCAAUGCCUAGUAGGUGUUCUGGAUUAA